CCGAAAGCUCACAGGUGUCAUCAUCCCAAGCUAGCUGUUAGCUUACUUUUACGUGAGCUCUGUCAAAGAAUUGAACGGAUAAUUGAACGUCUGCCUCCGCCGCUCAUCUGGGCGGGUGUUUAGCUUCUCGGAGGACGCGUCCGGCGGCCUGUGAGCUGUCCCUGAAGCCGCUGUAUCGUUCGGUGCUCCGUGCUAAUCGUUAGCCAAGUGCUAACAACAGUGACAGCGACCAAUUUAGCUGCAUGCGUCCAACGCUGCUGUCAUUUCGAGUGGCAGCGGAUCAAUUGGGAUCGCUGACAGGCGAUCCAAGCAGACAUCAUGGAGCUCCAGGCGGUGUUGAUGGCGGCUGGUGGGGGUUCUCGUAUGACUGAUCUGACAUACAACACCCCCAAAGCAAUGCUGCCUGUCGGGAACAAACCCCUCAUGUGGUACCCGCUGAACCUGCUGGAGAGGAUGGGCUUUGAAGAGGUGAUAGUCAUCACCACCAAAGAGGUCCAGAAGAUGAUGAGCACAGACCCUAAAAUGAAAUUGGACGUGAAGAUGAAACUAGAUGUGGUCUGUAUCCAGGAAGACGGCGACAUGGGCACCGCAGACGCUCUCAGGCACAUCCAGCAGAAGAUUAAGACGGACAUCCUGGUGGUGAGCUGUGACCUGAUAACAGACGUGGCGCUUCACGAGGUGGUCGAUCUGUUCAGAGCCCACAAUGCAACGCUGGCCAUGCUAAUGAGCAAAGCCCAUGAAUUCACGGAGACAGUCCCGGGCCAGAAGGGCAAGAAAAAGACAGCUGAGCAGAGAGACUUUGUGGGCGUGGAUCAGACUGGGAAGAGGCUGCUGUUCAUGGCCAAUGAGGCCGAUCUGGAGGAUGGGCUAUCGAUUAGGAAGUCUAUCAUGAGGAAACAUCCCAGGAUGCACAUAAAAACAGGCCUCGUGGACGCUCAUCUGUACUGCCUGAAAAAAGCAGUUGUGGACUUUCUCGCUGAUAACAAGUCCAUCUCGUCAAUCCGUGGUGAGUUGGUACCGUAUUUGGUGAGGAAGCAGUUUUCCAAAACAACCAACUGUCCGAAAAUCAAAGACGACGCAGAGGAUCAGAACCAGAAAAAGAACGACGGCUCUACAAACCACGAGCUCCUCAUCUCAUCACGAGACGAGCCUCUCCUCCAGCUGGCCCAGGAGCGCUCCUGUUGGAACGACCACCGCGGUGACAUGAGCGAGGCUUACCACGGAGGAAAGCUCCGCUGCUACGUUCACAUAAUGGACGAGGGCCCUUGCUACCGUGUCAACACAUUGGCAGCUUACAUAGAAGCAAAUCGACUGGCCCCGAAGCUGUUUGAGGAGGUGCCAGUCCACCCAUCUGCUGUUAUUUCUGAGAGGUGUCAGAUGGGAUCAGACAGCUACAUUGGAGCUAUGUGCCAGGUAGCAGAGAAGACUUCACUAAAGAGGUCUACCAUCGGAAACUCCACCACCAUCAGAGAGAAGGUCAAAAUCGCCAACUCCAUCAUCAUGCACGGGGUUACCAUCGAGGAGGGAUGUAACAUCCAGGGCAGUGUGAUCUGCAGUAACGCUGUCAUCGGCCGAGGAGCGGACCUCAAAUACUGUCUGGUGGGAAACGGACAACAGAUCGAACCAGAGGCCGAGAGGACUAACGAGGUCAUCGUUGGAACGGACCAGCUGAUGGAGAUCUAGCUCCCUCAGGGACGGAGUGGCAUCACCACAUUAACCGAUCGGAGAGCAGCGAAACACGAAGGAUAACUAAACUGACCGCCUGGAUGCUGCUUCUAGACUUUCCUCAUGAGCUUUUUUUGUACAUUGUGUCCAAAUAAAGACGAUUGCUUGAACCCAUUAA